UUCAAUAUGGCUGCAGUCCGCAAAUCGAGGAGGAGUUGUCUUUAACGAUGAAAUAAUUAGUCUCUCACAAAGUGCAGGACACUGGACUCAGUUUAGUUUGUUAACUGGUUUUGACGCUGGCCCGACAUGGCCCAAUGUGCUCAGUCUGUGCAGGAGUUCGUUCAGGACUCGUUUGUCCCGAUGGUGGCCGUCUUAUGUAGUGAAGAAGCGGAGAAAGUGACUCGCAAGAACAACCUGAAUUUCGCUGAGCUGCUGAGGCCUUUCUGCAGACUAACGUCCGAAGGCCACAUCCGGGACCCCAACAACCAGGUGCAGGUUGUGAAAAACCUGCGCAUCUGUGUCAACAAUGUUGUGACAACUCCAAACACAGCAUCUGCUUCCCUCAGCCCCACCCAGUGCCGCCUGCUCAAUGAAGUGGUGUUAUCCUGCCAGCCACAAGAGAGUACUGUGACCAACAUGAUCACAGCAGGAGACUAUGACCUCAACUUCAGUGCGACCACACCCUGGUUUGAAACCUACAGGGAGAACUUCCUGCAGUCAAUGCCUGCCUCUGACCACGAGUUCCUCAAUCACUACCUUGCCUGCCUGUUGGUAGUGUCUUCCACUGAGGCAGUCCCUGUGGAGCAGUUCCUCAAGCUUUCUCAGGAGCAACACAGGAUUCAGCACAGUGGAGACUACAUUAAUCCCAAGUGGUUUAUCCCCAACACCCUCAAGUACUAUGUCUUACUUCAUGACAUGAGCGAGGGGGAUGAACAGAGGGCAGAUACGGUGUAUGAGGAUAUGAAACAGAGGUAUGGUUCCCAGGGCUGCUAUCUGUUGAAAAUUAACACUCGUACCUUCUCAGCUGAAGAUGUUGACCAGAUUCCAGACCCUUGGAGUCAAUACCUGCACAAGAAUAAUCUGCAUAACCAGGAUAUGCUUGAUGAUGUAGCUCCAACUGUGACCAGUGCUUUUGUUGAGAACAAUAUCAGUGCACCUGAAGCGGAGUGCCAUCAUUCAGCAGAAAAAGACGGAGCAUCCAACAGUCCCGAAAGCCAUCCUCUUCAGCUGGACACACCAAGCAGCUCGGGGAGCCUGUACACCCUCAGUGCUGUCAGCACUGACCUGAAGAAAGGUGCAAGAGACCCAGAGAGUCUGGCAGGGGGAGCAGGGAGCCACGGGGCAUGUCUUAGCCUGAAUGACCAUGACCACAUCAGACAGUUCAUUCAAGAGUUCACCUUCAGAGGCCUGCUGCCACACAUAGAGAAGAACAUCAGACAGCUCAACGACCAGCUGGUCUCCAGAAAAGGUCUGAGCCGAUCUCUGUUCACUGCGACCAAGAAGUGGUUUGGUGGAGGGAAAGUUCCAGAGAAGGGGAUCAGUGAACCAAAGAGCACAUGUGGCCUUCUAUAUCCCCCAGAAGCCCCUGAGCUGCAGAUCAGGAAGAUGGCUGACCUGUGCUUCCUGGUUCAGCACUAUGAGCUGGCCUACAACUGUUACCACACUGCCAAGAAAGACUUCCUGUCAGACCAGGCCAUGCUGUAUGCUGCAGGGGCACUGGAAAUGGCUGCAGUGUCAGCCUUUCUGCAGGCUGGAGCUCCCAGACCGUAUCCAGCACACUACAUGGACACCGCAAUACAGACAUACAGAGAUGUCUGCAAGAACAUGGUGCUGGCUGAGCGCUGUGCUUUACUCAGUGCUGAGAUACUUAAGAGUCAGGGCAAAUACUCAGAGGCUGCCACACUCCUCAUUAAGAUGACCAGUGAGGACUCUGACCUUCGCAGUGCUCUGCUGUUGGAACAGGCCGCCCACUGCUUUAUUAAUAUGCGUAACCCUAUGGUCCGCAAGUUUGCCUUCCAUAUGAUCCUUGCUGGUCAUCGUUUCAGCAAAGCAGGACAGAGGAGGCAUGCUCUGCGAUGUUACUGCCAAGCAAUGCAGGUGUACAAGGAGAGGGGCUGGUCAUUGGCAGAGGACCAUAUCAACUUCACAAUUGGCCGUCAGUCCUACACACUUCGGCAACCAGAGAAUGCUGUAAUAGCUUUCAGACAGAUUCUGACCAAUGACAGCAGGCAGACGGCCACACAGCAGGGCGCCUUUCUCAGAGAGUAUCUCUAUGUUUACAAGAGUGUGAUAGGGGGAAAUGAGGUCAGCCUUCCCCAGUUGCCUCUGCCCUGCAUCCACAGCUCAGCCACAAGGAUUUACUUUGGACAUGAACGGCGCCUUGCAGAAGGGGAAAAACAGGCAGCCACUCAUGUGUCCCUGGACCAAGAGUAUGACCAGGAUUUGGCAGCCAUGUGGUGCCACCUAGAGGAGCAGCUUGUGGCUUCCGCCAACAGGGGGAUUGUCCCAGUAAACUUCCAGCCCACCCAGUGCUGCCUGAACGACCAGACAGACAACCUGCGCCACCCACUGGCAGUUAUGGAGGAGCCAAUCAUAGUGGAGGUGACAUUCAGGAACCCUCUGAAGGUCUCUCUGGCUCUGUCCAACCUCUCACUCCUGUGGAGGUUCGCUUCCGAUGGUUUGUCUCCAUCCAAGGAGAAAACAACUGAAGAUAUGGUCAUCACCAAUGAAGAGACCCUGACUCUAGGGGUGACACAAAAAGAUGAUGUAGUCACCACUGAGGUCAUCUUAGAGUUUCAUAUGGGUCCAGAGGAGACCAAAAUGGCUCGACUCAGGCUGCUGCCACACAGAACAGGCCAGCUGAACAUUGUGGGUGUAGUGUACAACCUAGCUGCAGGCUCCUCUGGAGAGAUGGCUCCCAGCACUGAAGGCCAGCAGACAUUGGAUUUGAUGGUGGUUCGUGGCAGACAGGACUUGAAGAUCCGGGGCCCACGGCUCAACCAGACCAAAGAGGACAAGAUGUUGGUUCGACAUGGUCCUGAUCAACGUCUGGAUCCCAUCAUAACACCACCCAUGCCCUUAAUGGAGGUCUUUUUCUUGCAGUUUCCCACUGCUCUGCUGUGUGGUGAGAUCAGAAAGGCCUAUGUUGAGUUCUGUAACGUCAGCAGUGUUGCCUUGUGCGGCCUUCGAGUGGUGUCCACACACCCUGAGUUUUUCACCUUUGGCAGCCAGGCCACAACACCAGACACACCCCUCAGCCCAACCUCAGCUGAAAACAUCUCAGCCUAUAAAACCUUGGCCACACAACCCCAAACAGGAUCAGCAGCCUUUGAGAUGUUGGUUUCAGCUGAAGAUUUUAGUCAGCCAUCAGGUGUGAUGGAGAUCCCAAUAGAUGGCAGCACACUGCAACCUGGGGAGUCCACCCAGCUGCCUCUCUGGCUCAGAGGACCAGACCUGGAGGGAGUCCAUGAAAUCAAUUUUCUGUUCUACUAUGAAAGCAGAGACAAAGGAAACAAAAUCAGUCAUCGGGUGUUACGUCACACAGUCUUUAUCUGUGCCAGUCGGUCUCUGAGUGUGCAAGCAUCGGCCUGCCGCAGCAGUGUUCCUCCAAAUCACAGUCUGGAUGACAAAGGGGGUAGUGGGACGCUGGUCUUUAUUGAUGUCGAGAACAUCAAUACGAGUGAAGCUGGUGUGCGUGAGUUCCACAUCGUCCAGGUUUCCAGCAGCAGUCAACACUGGCGCCUCCAGAGGUGUAUCAACCCAGCCAAGGAAAAAGACUGCAAACUCAUCAGCAGAGAAAGAGCCAAGCUGUGUUUCAGGGCCAUACGAUGCAAGCCCCACCAAGCUACUUCGGGCGCCAUACAGAAAUACACCUUUGCAGACCUGAAUCUGGGAAAUGAACGGAUCAUCAGUUCCUCCACACCCUGUGGAGAUUUUUUCUUCCGUGGCUGCCGAACCUCAGAGUCUCAGCGAGUGGAUGUAGCAUCGCCCAGAACAGCAUCCAGCAUCAAGAGUCAGAGCUAUGUCCCCACUGAGGGCAGAGCCUCUGACAUCAGCAACAUUGUAAAGAAGUGUAAUGAGCUGGACCUCAACAUUAUUGUCAUCUGGAAGGCCUAUGUGGUUGAGGACAACAAACAGCUGAUCCUAGAGGGCCAGCUUCACGUGGCACUGCAGACCAUUGGCAAAGAGGCCAGUUCUCUGACUCCCAGAGAGGAAGCUCAGGAGAUGGUGCUGCUAAAGUUUAAAUCAGAGCUGCCUCCUCCAGUCGCCCUCCCCUCUGCAGAACUGUCCCAACUAAUCAAAACAAACCUGCACUACCCUGAGACCUACACACAUCUUUUUGUCCAGGAUAGUCUCUGUAUGGUACCGGUUACUCUGACUCUGUCCAACUGUUCCUUGGCUCAAGUGGAUGUCAUCAUUGACUUGCGACACAAAAGCACCAGCCCAGAGUCUCUGGAGGUCCACAGCUCAUUCACCUGGGUGGGUCAGACCCAGUACAAGCUGCAGCUGAAGCCUCAGGAGAUACUGUGCCUGACUCUGCGAGCCUGUUUCCUCCAGGCAGGAGUCUACAACCUUAACACACAGCGAGUCUUCGCCAAACCAUCAGAGCAGAGUGGCAUGUGUGAGACGAGUCAGCAGACAGCUUGUCCUGCUCUCAUAAUCAUCAACAAUGCCUGAGCAGGGCAUCAUGGCCUGCAGACAGGAGGACCUGAACUCUGUUGACACAGAGACUGCUGAGCAGUCCUCAACACACAUAACCAUACGUGUUCCUCUUGAUUAAUACUGAACAGCAGGAAAUGAUUGCGAUACUGUACUAAUUAGUAAAAGAGAAAAAGGUUUAUUUAAAACAAGCCGCUACAGUUUGUGGACCUCAGAACUGUUUCCCUCCAUCAGCCAAGUAUCGAAUCGUCUUGCUUUUUCUGUACAAGGCCCCCUCAUCAGCACACAGAUUUAAUCUCCUACCCUCCAGUCCACUGUGCCUCUAUUGUCUCCAGCCAUCCUGUUUCACCCACCUGCCACCAGUAUCUCAAAUACUCAUUUCUGUUUGGAACCCAACAAAAGCUAGGUCAUUUGGCACCUGCCAAUGUUAGACUACAAUGUUGACUCUGAUGUAAGCUUUAAAGCAAAGUCAGAGACAAACAAUAAAAUAACAAGAACUUUCUCCACCUCACCCCACGUCCCAUCUUUUCACUGAGUCUCCAGCUUUUCCUGAUGUCCUUGUCAAGAGGCUGGCAAAUGAAACCCAUCUUACUGCUCAUUAUCUGUGUGAUUUCACUGUCACUACAAAAAACUGACCAUAUUGCCUCAUGUGCAUGCAGUUGAUUUUCUAGAGACCAACCUAUCUAAUCAGCAUAACCCCUAACCUGUGUUUAACCUCACCAUAUUGUGAUUGAGCUCUUAUUAUGCAUUGACUUGACAGCUUUUUCUGAAAAUUCUGUAUUAUAUUUAUAUAACAAAUUGAAUGUAAAUAGAAAAUAAAAAUGAAACAAUGAUACUGUA